AGGUAAUAAAGCUUGUUGGAAAAUAUUAUGACGGUUAUUUAUUUAGAAAUUUAAAUGGUCAAACGUAUUUCACACAUACGCGGACUUACGGUAAACAGAACACAUGUGUAUACACACUGUUUUGUACGUACUUUAAAUUAAGAACUUGGAAUUACAACUCAGUGUUAUACAGUACACAUGUAGGGCGGUUAUUAGUUCGUACAUGUUAAAACUUCGACCCUUGUUUAUUGCAUUGUACUAAAGGUUAGAAAUAGUAUGGAAACUUUGUCAUCGAGAGCUUAUCAUCCACACAGCAAAUUAGCUUAUUAGUAAAAUUGUGUAUCUACAUGUACAGGACAGUCGGGAAACAACACCGGGACCCUCUUUCUGAAUGAAACACAUCAGCGGAAUUCGGUGAACUGCACAACCAUUUCGUUACCUGUAACUAGAGUCUGGAAACAGAUUAAGUUUCAAUGGAAACCCUAUUUGUCAACACUCUUUCGAGUAUGUAUUUUCUACGUCAACGAACGUACUUUAUUUUGACAAGGUGUAAACAAAUUCCUAAACGGUGACAAUGGUGCAUCAGUAUGUGGAAUUGUGUGUAUGGCGGAUUAGUUAUAAAAGCGAUUUGUUGCACAGUGCUAAAGCUUGCGGAUAUGAUAAUUUCUGAAAAACGAAACGUGUAUCGUUACCAUACGUAUAUUCUGUAUAACCUGGUCGUAUAAUCAGUUUGAUUCUUAACAAAACUGUGAUUAUGCAAACCGGAAGUGUGAUACCGGAAGGACCCACAAGGACCGGAAGUGUUCAUACUGAUAGGACGCACAGACAUGGCUCCAUCAUCGGCGACACAACUCCAACACAUACGAUGGCCGUGGCUGCCCUCCCCAAACCUGUGGCCAUCGUCUGCUGUGUGUCGAACUUCGCCUUUCCCGGACUCGGAACCAUUUUGACCGGAUUUGCACUGUGUUGCUGUGAUCGUCACGGCGUUAGGAACUGCUCGGAGGCGUGUGCUAGCUGUACGGCGAACAUUGUGAUCGGAUUUCUACAAAUUCUUCUCACCCCUGUAUUCCUUCUGGGUUGGUUAUGGAGCUGUAUGUGGGGUAUCCUCUUCCUUCGCACCGCAGAUGAGUAUGACACUCAACACAGACAUCGUGACAGUGUUUCGACAUCCAAUGACAUCAUACUUCAGACAAUUGUCAACAUUGAGGCAUGCGCAAUGGACCCUGUUCAGCUCCGACGAGCGGCUAAUCAAUAUGACGCGGACAAAUACGACCCGCCCCCUCGUUACGAAAUCCUCAUUCAGGAUUAUGAUGAGGAUGAGGAUUUGGAGCCCUCCUCUGAGGACAACGAACCUCCUCCUCCAUACUGAAUCCUAAGUAGGUGUCAUUGACAAUGAACACUCUCUUGGGUAUCACCCUCUGGGAUCAGUACGCCUGGGUCCACUCUCUGGGAUCAGUGUGCCAAUGUGAUGUUGCAUGGAUGUGUAUUUCUAUUCCAUCGAGGAAUUAAAGAACGAAUUUGUGAAAAGUGAAGUCAGCCGGAAAUCAGAAAAAAACAUAAAGGUUGAUCAUUGUGAUUGAUAACUCUCACCAAGGCGAAUUAAACAAGGAUACCGGAUCAAAUUAUUUGCAGAGAUAGCUCGGGGAAUGUAAGUGUGAUUUUGAAAACGAACAUAACACAUUCACCGAAUUAACAUGUUCUAUAAAUGGUGAGAUGUUUACAACGUUACAAGUGUGUGAUUUCUUCAGGUGUCUGCUAUAUUUCGUAGAAGAUUGUUGUUGGCGGGUGUUGUACCGAAUGAGAUUAAAAUGAAAGAUUUUGUAUUUUCCUUUGGUCAACCUGUCCCCUAAUUAUAAAAAAAACAUCGGCUGGAUAUUAAAACGACCGCAACCGGAUUAGCGGCGGCUUGAAUAACGAAACUGGAUAUUUGGACAGCUUAACAAGUGGUGGUUGGAUUAAUGAGACUGGAUAAUUGGGAAAUCAGACUAGUGGUAGCUGAAUUAACAAGGCUUGAUUCUAGUAGUGAGACAACCGGAAGUGUUGGCUGGAUUAACAAGGCUAGAUUAUAAUAGUGAGACAACCGGAAUUGUUGGCUGGAUUAACAAGGCUUGAUUCUAGUAGUAACAUAACCGGAAGUGGUGGCUGGACUAACAAGGCUUGAUUCUAGUAGUGAGACAACCGGAAGUGGUGGCUGGAUUAACAAGGCUUGAUUCUAGUAUUGAGACAACCGGAAGUGGUGGCUGGAUUAUGAAAUUUAGAAUGUAGUUCCUUACUAAUUCAUUAACAGUUUAUCAAAACAAAUCCUUGUUCGAUACAUUUUCGGCAACGGCAGUGUCCGGACUAAGAUGUUUGACUUCUCAGAUGGGUUCUGAUGCGCUCUACACUGUUGACCAUAACACGUUUCCUCAAGAGUAUACAUCCAAGCCACCAACCUAUUUUGUGACAGACAAGGCGUCGUUCUUCUACCCUCAUAAAUCGAUCAAGUGCUGAACAGUUCGCACAAGGCAACGACUUACGAGCAAAAGCUGUAACCUGUCAAAUCUGAAACCUGUGAUAUCUGGAUACCUGUAUAAAUAAGUCAUACGACUUCAUUGUUCUGCUACUAUACUCUACGGUGAAUGUAUACUGGAGAGUUCAGUACGCCGGAAGUGUAGUGAUUAUAUACAGGAGGGGACAUUCUCUAAUGAAGAUGUUCUUCUCUAUUAGUUAAGUUGGAAAGGGCUUAUAACGUCGGAAAAUUUUAAAAUGAACAGUGAAUUGGAAAUAUAUACACAAUGUUGUAAAAUAAGUUGUGAUUUUAGUCAAUCACCUUUCAUUUAAUACUCGGAUCAAUAUUGUGUCAAAUACAGAUAAUAUUAUUGAUGUCAUGCUGAUUGGGUAGGGGAGAAGGUCACAAGAGUAUGACCGUUUAAGCGUUGAGGAACAUAGUGAGUGAUUUAUGUGAAUCCUCUUUGAUUUGACGUGUUUUUCUGUUUGUGUACAAGUCUUGUUUGAUUGUCCUACAUGCCAUAUCAAUGCAAUUUCGGCAUAUUGUAUUAAAAAAAAAAUCACGGUAUUUAAAACCACGAACAAGUGUUUGUGUUUGAGUGCGUUAUGAUGUCAGUAUCAAUAAUUGCUACGACGAGUCUCAUUUUUUUCACCUUUAUAUGAGCGAUACACGUUUUAUAUAUGUAUAAUUUAUGUAUGUCGUGCGUAUGUAUAUACAGCGACAGUUACUAGGAAAAUUCAAAUGCAAAGACAGUUAAAAUCUAUUUGAAAUUGUAUUUAAUACAUAUCCAGCUUUAUUAUUUUUCUUUAACAUUAGAUAUAAUUUUUAUUUUUAUUACGAUAACAUUUUAACAAACAAAUCAACUUUCAUACAUGACUUGGAAAGAAUCACGAAAGAAGGGGGAUAACUCGUACAUUUACAUUGUACUGUAUAUAUUUCGCAUUUCUCGCUAAAAGGACAGAAACAUGAUAAUUAACAGCUCAAAAGAAGUGAAAAAUAAAACAAAAUGAAAAAAAA